GGCGGAAGUUAGCCUAUGUUUCCGCAUACUGUCCCGUGUGGACCGGCUGGACCUAUCCAAUGGACCGGUCUAACAAUUUCUUAUGAGUUGCAUUUGAAUGAUGACACAUGGAUUCCCACUGUGGUUGCUUCAGGUUACAGUGGUGAUGUGUGGAAUCCACAACCAGCUCCUAAAGAUCAUCCAUGGAGAUACAUGCCUAACCAUGCCAUGACCCCUCAUAUUUCUGGCACAACUAUUGAUGGCCAACUAAGGUAUGCAGCUGGUGUGAAAGACAUGCUUGACAAGUACUUCAAAGGAGAGGAUUUCCCUCAGCAAAAC